AAAAACACUUCAUUCUGAUUAUAUACAGCUGCUAAAUAAAUGAUAUUAACAUUUCAUUCACUUUUUAUUCUCAUGCUUGGAGGUAAUAAGUGCCAAACGCAACAGAAAUGAUGAAUCUCCUUUCAAUAUUAUUUUUGCUGAUCACAGCAUCACUAACAGAACAAUCGGACACGUAUAAGCCACAUGAGUCGUGUGAAAGAUCGUAUAGAAAAAUCGGCUGCUUUUACACCAGUCAACAUGGGGAAAGAACAGACCUUAAAGACAUGCAAAUGUUAUUGAACGAUCGAGACAUAUAUAGUGAAAAGUUUGAGGGACAUCUAAUUGACUGGCAUAAAAUGAACCAGUCAAUGCACAGUUUGGCUUGUCGUUGUGCGCAAAAAGCAAGAGAAUUGAAUCUCGAAUACAUUUCCAUUCGCUUUUGGGGGGAAUGUUAUGGUGGAAGAGAUUUUUCGGAUUUCAGACAUUUGAUCCAAGAUAACGACAAAUGGAGAUCAAAUGACUGUUCUAAUCCCUAUUACCAGGCAUGUGUUGAUGAUGCUACACAUGACUGCGCAGGUGGAGCAGGAAGUGACUACAUAUACGCUGUUGGUGUGGAUGGCGGCCUUAGCGAGUGGUCAGAUUGGGGAGAAUGUGGUGCCACUUGUGGUAAAAGUGUCCGGGAGAGAUUUAGAACAUGCACCAAUCCCAUACCAGAAGGUCCUGGAAAGCCAUGUGAAGGAGAUUUAACACAAACGAAGGAGUGCACGAUGUUGCCUUGCAAAGUUAAUGGAGGUUUAUCAGAAUGGACAGAGUUUGGACCAUGCUCUCAAACAUGUCGAGGAGUUAGCACGCGUACACGAAGCUGCACUAAUCCUCCUCCGUCUGGUGGAGGUGAACUAUGCACUGGGCAUCUGUUGGAAGCAAAAGCCUGUGGUGCAGUAAAAUGUGAAUAGAUAGUAUUGUACUGAUACCUUGUGUUAAAAAUUAUAACAAAGAAUCAUUUAAUUUUCGCAUAA